GAGACCGAUCGCUACCCUGAUGGUCUUGAAGGCCUUUAUAUCGCCCAUCACUUCGCCAGGUUCUCUCUCAACAUCUCCGACAUCACCUGCCGAUAGCCAUGGCCAUAUUUCUAGAUCUCCCACGCGAGCUUUAUCUAAUGGUGUGCUCCCUCCUCACCACUGCCGACCUGAUCCACCUAGCUUCAACGAGUCGAGACCACUACCGGGCCGUACAGCAGCCACUUUACUCUCAUGUUCGCAUUAGCUCGUAUCCUGCUCUGGUGAACCUCGUCGACGCGCUGUCGACACCGCCAAUUAUAUCCCACGUCGAGGAAGGGGAGUGUCGUCGUGAUGACAAGCUCGUAGACGACCCGCUCUGGGAAAGGGAGAUCAAAACCCUCGAUCUACGAGUGCACGUCUGGAAAGAUGGCGAAUUGGCCUCCGCGCCACAACUCUCACGCUGCAUCGGCUGGAUAGCUGGACAGUGCAGCCAAGUCAAAAUAUCGCUCACACUCGUCGAGGUGUUGGAUUGGCUGAUGAAUGCCGGACUGAAAGGUCUCGUAUUCCCUAAUGUAACCAAUCUAUCGAUCGUCUCGAGCCCCAGGAUACAGCAACAGGUCAAUAGUCCCCGCUAUACCAUGUCGAUAAGCGGGCUGUGGAUGCAGGCGCUGUCAGGCUCUACAUUCCCCAGCUUGCAGCGCAUCUCCCUGGGCCACGCAUGGCGCACCAAGUACGACAUUCCCCCCAAUAUACGAGCGCAAUGCGAAGUGGCUCGAGGAUUCCGGCCGAGAAGGUUUCUGGCUCCGAGCGGGGACGUUGCGGAAAGGACACCAUCUGACUACGGACGACUCCAGCCGCAAGAGCUCAAGAUCGAGCUGAGCCUGGUGAUGAAUGUCACGUUCCUCGAAGGCCUACUCGCAUCCCGCAUCAUCCCGGGCCGACUCACACGACUCGAAAUUGUGAACUGCCCAAGGGUCCACCCAAUCCUGGAUAUGGGGGCGAUCGCUGACCUCCUUCGAGCCGCACUGCCCUCACUACAAACCUUCAAACUCCACCUCACCCCGUACUUCGAUGGCUUCGAAGGGUUCCCCAUCGCAUACAAGAACAAACUCGAUGCCCAUCCCGAGUAUCACUACUGCGACAUCAUACGCGAGCUGGGAAGAACUAUUCCGCAUCUCGAUCUCCUGCUCCCAUUCGCCUGCAGUCGGGCUCUUCAGACUGCGGAGCAUGCGAUGAACUCGGCGGCAGAGAGAUCAAUGCACCCGCCGAGUCUUUCACGAGAGCCGCUUAAUACCCUGCCUCAGCGCUUGAAGGCAGAAGGGUAUCGCUACCGCCGCCUUACCUUCACUCAUUUCUGUAGUGAUGUGGAGAGGUGGGAUCAAAUGGCUGCACUGGGCGAGAGACAGGACGAGAAGGUCAGUUGGGAGCUGAUUUACGAUGCGGACGUCGUCGAGAAGGAGCAAGCGGCAUGGUUUGUGUCGGACCGCGCGCCUGUGCAUUUUGGCGUGAGAAGCGUGAUGGAUCGAAAGUUCGAGGUGGAUCGGUCGUUUUCAUCAUGGGAGCCUGUGCUGCGGUCGUAGUUAUGACUGGAGGGAGACGAUAUUGUGGGAUCUUGCAGCCAGUGCGAGCCUAAGGCUGGCUUCACUUCGGGAGACUUGAGGCGGUGAAGCGCCGUGUGGGCAGACCCAGUCGCUCCUGCCUCGCCGUAGCGCGCUCUUUCCUUACGGGACCGCGUUCCACCAGUCGCUUCAUGUGAUGUACAUGCACGUAGCCUUCUGAUGCCUGUUGGUGCGCCUAGACUCAGCGAAUCAUCGCCCUUCCAAGGCUUGUGUA